AUGCGCGCGGGCGACGACGCGAUAGCGUCCGCGUCGCCGCGCUCGAUCGCGGCGCGCGCUUCGACGCCGCGCGAUUCGGCGUCGCAGAGAAAGCGGUGCAACUGUAAAAAUUCAAAAUGUCUCAAGCUGUACUGCGAGUGCUUCGCGAGCGGGAAGUACUGCGACGCGUGCAACUGCGCGGGGUGCAAGAACAACGACGAACACGCGCACGAGCGACAGUCGGCGAUCGAACAGACGCUGGAGCGGAAUCCGAACGCGUUUCGACCGAAAAUCAUCAAUCAGACGACGAACGGGACGCUCGACGGCGCGGGCGCGGGCGACGGCGCGACGACGGAGGCGAGGCACAAUCGUGGGUGUCACUGUAAACGGAGCGGGUGCUUGAAAAAGUAUUGCGAGUGCUUUCAGGCGGCGAUAUAUUGCGUGGAACGGUGUCGGUGCGCGGAGUGUAAGAAU